AGCCGAAGUGACGUGCUCCUGGCACAGCGUAAUCUGCGCUCUGCCGAGCCCCCCCAGUGCAGGGGCCAUGGGAAGGGCUUUGCUCGCCCCCCGGCCGGUGGUCCCGCAGGCGUUGCUGCAUCACGGUGGCUCUGCAGAAACCCGAGCUCCCAGCGGUGACUGCAGCUCCCUAUUUGUGGCGUGUGACUCGUCCCCAGAAGCAGGCGCUGCUAUUUUGGCUGGCAGAUAAUCAGCCUCUCAAAAAUAGGCGAUGGCUCCAGGAAGGUGCGUGGGGAGAGAGAGCGUUCUGGAAGGGGCACACCCCUGGGCAGGGGAGGAUAAAACCCUCCGCUCCCCAGCCCCAGCCCAGCACUGCUCCAGCCUCUUGCACAGAGCCGAGCCACAGCACGUGCCAGGAGCACGCACCAGGAGCAGAGAUGCUUUGCCGCCUGCACUUCAUGCCGCCUGCGUCCAGCUCGCUGUUCCCGUGGCUGGGACCCGUCCGCACCCUCUGGCCGCAUCCAAGCGCCCUCUUCGCCGAGCUGGAGCGAGAGCUGCGGCUGGAGAUGGAGAGAGCUCGGGAGUUCAUGAGCAGCUUCGAGCAGUUCCUGAGCAGCGGGAGCAGCCCCAGCCGGAUCGGCAUUGCCGCGGAGCGAGCCCCGAGCACCAGCGCAGCCCUGACCCAGGGCUCCGGGGAGGGCUUCUCCGUCUGCCAGGACGUGAAGGACUUUGCACCGGAGCAGCUGUCGGUGAAGGUGGUGGGCAGAAAGGUGGUGCUGGUGGGGCAGAAGGAGACGCAGAGCACGGACGAGAAGGGCUCCUUCUCCUACAAGUACGAGGUGCUGAAGCGGGAGUGGGACGUGCCCGAAGAGGUGGAUGCCGAAGCGCUGACAUGCUCCCUGUCCAAGGAAGGGCAGCUCCGCAUCGAAGCCCCCAGGCUGGCCCUGCCAGCCGCUCCAGAGAGGAACGUGCCCAUCCAGAUGGGGCCAGCAGUGGCACAGCCAGCAGCCAGCACUGACGACGGAGCCGAGCGUGCCAAGGCGUGAUGGGGAGCAGCGUGGGGCUGGGCUGAGCCCGGCUGCCGGGGCAGCUGCUGGCCGCAGAGCGGGACCGCGCUGGGGACUGCGUGACGGCCCGGUGGGGGGGUCUCUGCCCAAAACAUGUAGCUUUUUUUGAUAUGUAAUAAAUAUUCCUGACUUUUA